AUGCCUAGGAUCAAAGGUCUCAUGAAAUUAGCAGGACAUUUCGCUCGACAAGCUGGACACCUCGAGCAGCUAUCGCUGACUCCUGCGCGAUUAGCUUCGUGCCACUUUCACAGCACAUACGACUGUCUGCAAAUCCGCCGGAGAUAUGGAUCAACGAUGGAGGAAGCGCAUAAACAGAUGGUCAGCAAUAACCUGCUUGUGGAUACGUUGGAGCUGACCAAAUCAUUUGAGCGUUCUGGCCUGCCGCGUGACGCCGCGGAGCACCUGGCCCAGAAAAUAACUGCCCUGAUCAUCCAAAACAAGCUUAAAAUGGAAGAGGCGUUCGUGAAGCAGGUGGUGCUGGAGAAGACCAUUUUGGAGCAGGCUUCAACCAUCCAGGGGUUCAAAACCGAAAUGCAGAAGGCGCAGGACAUGCACCAAGCCAACGUCAACAAGGAUAUGGAGCGGCAACAGGGCUACCUGGAUAAGAUGAAGGCGGAAGUCAGGCACGAGAUCGACAAACUGAGUGCUAGCCAGCGAUUGGACAUGAACUUGGAAAAGGGGCGGAUGCGAGACGACUUGCAAGGCAUCCGGGACAAGACCACGGAGCUGCAAAUCAAAGUGGAUCGGGACAUCAACGAGCUCAAGUCCAGUGUUGAGAAGGCCAAGAAUGACACGAUCAAGUCGGUCAUCACCAUCCUAGGUACCUUCUCCGCCAUCGCCUUCACAAUAUCUCGCUUCGUGCAAAUGGGCGCUGGCGGCUGA